GGGGAGGGGGGGGGGUUACCAUUAUCACAAUGUAUCAAUUUCAGUGCUAGAGCGUUCCGGCUCCGUUCAGGACUACGCGCUGUGGUAUGGUAUGGUGUGGGUGUGGAUGUGGAUCGGGGCAAAAUCAAAAUAGAACCGUGUGUAUGUCCCCGAUUCCCUGUCAGUAGCAAGAUACAGGAGUCUGAUAGUGUUUUAUUGAGAGAAGCCUGGGAUUCCAACUCAGGCUGAAAUCUAAAAAAAACAUAUCCAAAAGAAGCUUGCAAACAGCCAGGUAUUAUUAAGCAGGAGCAAAGCAGAGACAUGAGGAUAUCAUCACGACUGGACAGUACUGUAUUCUAGUUUAAGUAAGCACACCAAAAUAUACAUCCACCGAAACAGAAAGGAAAUAUCCUAGAAGCAAUGUCCAGGAGAAAACAGAGUAAACCUCGACAGAUCAAACGCUCCAUAGGUGACUUGGAGGAGGGUGACGACAAUCUCUCAGAUGAGCAUAGCCUAUCAGAAGAGGGGGGAGGAGCCUCGGACCAGGAAGAUUCUGCAGAGUGUGACAGUUCAAGCCCUGCUUCAGCUCCCCUCACUAGUGAAGAACCAACUGCAAAUAAAUCACCAGGGACCCCUGAAGGUAAAGAAGAUCAAGGUCCAGCAGAGAGACUGAAAGAGGAGGAAGAGGAAGAACAGAAAGAGGAUGGAAACCAUUGGAACGGACCAGAGGAGCUGGAGCUGUUUGGCAGUGAUGGAGACAGUAAAGUCCGUACCAAGCAGGGCCUUCUUCACGAGACCACCUGGGGUCCGUUCAGGGGGAAGAUUCAGGUGGAAGCCCCGGCUGUGGAGCUGGCAGGAGGGGAACCCAGAAUCACACUUGUGACAGAUGACAAAGAUUGCUGGAUCACCAGACUCUCCUUGACUUCUGAUGGAACAGCAGCAAAUGUCGUCAUCUACAGCAAAGGUGAUGAGUUGUAUUGUAAGACGAGUCAGGUGAUCCCGGAAGGGGAGAGUGUGACGGCCGUCCUGGUGUCUGGUCAGGGGGAGGGGUCCUCUCCACUGAAGACAGAGUCCACCUACCCAGCAGCCCUGCACCCUGACAUUCAGCUCCUGCCCCAGCAGGCCGGGAUGGCAGCAAUCCUAGCUACUGCGGUUGUCAACAAGGACAUCUUCCCCUGUAAGGACUGUGGGAUAUGGUACAGGAGCGCAAGGAACCUCCAGGCCCACCUGAUGUAUUACUGUGCCAGCCGGCAGAAGCAGAACUCCUCCCCUCCACCAGAGAAGCCCAAAGACUCGUACCCCAACGAGCGGGUCUGCCCCUUCCCACACUGCAACAAGAGUUGCCCCAGCACCAGCUCCCUGGAGAUACACAUGCGCACUCACAGCGGAGAGAGGCCCUUUGUGUGUCUGAUCUGCUUGUCUGCCUUUACAACGAAGGCCAAUUGCGAGCGUCACCUCAAAGUCCACACUGACACACUCAACGGUAUAUGCCAUGGCUGUGGAUUUGUCUCGACCACCAGAGAUAUUCUGUACAGCCAUCUUGUAACCAAUCAUAUGUUGUGCCAACCAGGGUCAAAAAGUGAAGUAUAUACCCCAGGUCCAGGACUUCCAGUCCUGCCGUUAACUGCAGGUUUGAAUUUGGUGGACCCUGCAUCAUCAGUGAAGUGCUCCCUUUGUGGAUUCCUUACAGACUCUCCUGCUAGCCUCCAGCAGCAUGCACUGGCACACGUGGAAGGGAGAGCACAGGGUGACCUGAGCCAUGUCCAGCUGCAGAAAUCUCCUAAACCCAGUGAGCACCUCGAGCAGGAGCAGGAUAAAGGGGCUACAUCAUCAGCAUUGCACUACAACUCUGCCAGCCCAAGAGCUAAUGGCAAUAGCGCAACUCCCAGCCAAUGCAAUUCUCCAGAGGCUCUUACAGCAAUGAGAAUUAAAGAGGAGCCAAAGUCCGCCCAGAACUCGGAAUCCGAAAGUGAAACUGAUGACGCUAUGGAGCAGAAGGGCCAGGCAAACCCUGCAAGUGAUCGGUCCUCCAGGACCUCCUCUCCUCGGAGCCUGCAUUCAGUCAAGGUGAAAACCGAACUCUCCAGCCCAACCCCAGGCUCUAGUCCAGUGAAUUUUGGAACAGGCUCCUUGCAACCUGAAGGAACAGUUUUUCUGCCCCAGUACACGUUUAGUCCAGAGGCCUCCGUUGUUCCCCAGGCUUCGGAAAUCCUUGCCAAAAUGUCAGAGAUGGUGCACAGCAGACUAAAACAAGGACAAGGUGGUGUCCCACCAUUUUACGCUGGCUCCCCCAUCCAGAAAGGGGCCACUUGCUUUGAGUGCGACAUCAACUUCAACAACAUUAACAAUUACUAUGUGCACAAGAGGCUGUACUGCUCAGGCCGCCACCAGCAGGGUGACAACUCCGUUAAUGUACCGCAUGUGAAGGACAGCGCGGCUGUGACAGUGACAGCCACUGCCACUCACGGCUCUCCGUCGGCUGCGGGAAGCCAGAUUGCCUCGGCUCCCCAAAGUGACACUGAACCUGAACCAACCACCGGCAGCAAUGAUGCUAAGAUGGUUGCGGUUAAAACGGAGGAAGUUGGCCUGAAGGACCCCUCUUCUGAAGGGGAGAGUGGGAGCAGGGUAAGUGAGGGCAGCCAGAGCCCUUGUAACUCUGUUGAAGAAGCAGAGGACGACCCUACUAAGACCUUCUGCGAGGCCUGCAACAUUCGAUUUAGCCGUCAUGAUAACUACAUGGUCCACAAACGCUACUACUGUGCUUCAAGGCAUGAUCCACCCCACCAGAGGCCAAGAUCUGGAAAAGUGACAUUCCUGCCACAGCCGGUGCGCACCAGAAAGCGCAGGAAGUUGUACGAGAUACACAUGGCCCAGAAUGAAGCAGUUGCCAACCAAACUGCACCUGUAAGCAUCAAGCAAGAGCCCAUAGCCCUAGUAGGGAGACCACUAGAACCUCCUUCAAUACCCAUCUCCCUUGUCUCCACAGCAGGGAGCAAUGCCGUCCCGUCUCCAAGCUCCAGUCCAGAUGGAGAAGGUCCCAUUGAUCUCAGCAAGAAACCCCGUCUUCAAGAAGACCAACUGGUGGCUCCAUUGCUACCCCUGGCUGACUACCACAAAUGCACAGCUUGUAGCAUAAGCUUCAACAGCGUGGAAAACUACCUAACUCAUAAGAAGUACUACUGUCCUGCAACCCAGCUGCAGCAGAAGGCGCAUGAUCAGCUUCAAAAAAUGAAAAGAGCCGUUUCCAGUUCACCAAAAUCAAGGGUAUUGGAAAAUGCAGAUGUUCCUGAAGAACAUUUGGACCUUAAGGUAAUAAAAAUAGAAAAUAACGCUUCAGGAAUCCUAGUUCCAACAACCGCUUGCACUAACACUACUAGUUUACCUGGUGGUUGUUCAUUGAGCCCAGAAGUGAACUUGCACCAGUCUCCAAACAUGAAGGCCUUACAGGUUCCUCCGAAUGUUUCCCUGGUUGUUUGCCCCUAUUGUCCUCUCAAUGGGGCCAUCAAAGGGGACUUGUUAGAGCAUUUCAAAAACGUGCAUGGUCUCCUUUUGACUAUGCAUGCAUUCGGACAUGCAGCACAGAACAAUAUGAAGGAUGAUUUACAACCAAGCAGAUCUCAGGAGAGCAGCCGAGCCAGCCCUACCCUAAGACCAAGGGUAACCCCCACAUCCCCCUCAAAACUGAGAUCCAAGAGCACCCUGAAUGGCAGAGAACAAAACGAUGCAGCGUCUCCUCUUUUGAAUGGAAGCCCAGGAGGGACAAAUGUUUCACUCAAGCUUGUUCUUCCUAUCUCUCCUGCUGUUCCUGUGAACAUCUCCUCCGUGUCUGAAGCCCUCAGACUCAAACCAGUGACACCCCCUCUCCAUGCAGACAAACUCACCUCCUCACCCAAGGCUAUUGUCUCCCCAGUGCAGAAUGGCAACCAUAGAUACUGCCGCUUGUGCAACAUCAAGUUCAGCAGUCUCUCCACAUUUAUAGCUCAUAAGAAGUACUACUGCUCUUCGCACAGUGCAGAACACGUGAAAUAAGCGUGUUCCUCCUAAUCCUUCACUACAUCCACGAAAGGGACUUUUGUAUUAAACUGUAUCACAGACUGUACUCCAAAUUCACACGCUUUCCUUAAAAUACUUUUGAAGCCCGGUCCAUGCACGGAGGGCUCUGGUAUGAAUGGGAGACCCACAGUAAGGGUCUUAGACUGUUACUUGUUUUGGGUUUGGGCUGCACUCUUUGUUUUCCCCUUGUUAACUUUAUUGUUACUACAGUAACCUUCCAGGAUUUGAGUGCAAGUUUUGGGCUUCACAAGUCUACACUAAGAAACUACAUUCAAGUACAGCUUUGUGCACUGCCUUCUAUGGUUUCAAACUGUCAUGGAAUAAUGGAGAGUGUAUUGAGUGUUGAAGUUAGGGUUUACCAGCAUUAUCUGUGUCCUGCAUUUUCUCACCUAAUAUAGCCAAGGAGGCUUUUUUUUUUGUUAUAGUGAUUUUUUUGUCCUUUUUGAGGAGAGAAAUAAUUAUGUAAACUAUUGGAGAGAUUGGUAUUCAUCUCAAUGGCCUAAUUGCUGUCAAUCACUGGUAAUUAAACUAUGCAUUCCCUCGACCGUCCUAUUAUCUGACAACACUGGGUUGCUAUUUACCAGCCAGUGACAAGUGUUCCUAAACAGAUCAUUGUGUUUUUAUUAAUGCUAAAUUAGAAAAUACUGUAAGUGUAUACAGAAAAUGAAACAAGUUUAUUUACAUUUUUAUUCAAAACUGUCUGUGAUCACAUAGAUAUCCAGACUAGUCUUAAAUUCAGAUGUUGUUCUUGCUGCCCGAAGAAAACUACCAGCAAAUUAAAAGAAAAGGCUAAAUAUUUAUUUUAUAGAAAAUGAAUAUAACAGAGUUCAAAGUGUUGUUGUUGUUGCUGUUGUGGUUUUUUGGUAAAUACUUACAAAUGUCCUAUAAACAUAAACUACCUAGUAGAUAUGUCAAUAUGAUAUUUUACAUCCUAUCUUUUUAAGGCACAGUUUUAUAUGUAGAAAAGACUUUUCAGUGAAAGUCAUUGAUUUUAAAAAAAAAAAAGGCUGGAGUCAGCCAUAUUAAAUCUAUAAUUUUGUGCGAUCACAUGGCAUCAGUGUUACAUUAGUUGAUGAUGAAGGUUGGAAACUCAACAUGUCUGCUUGAAUCCAGUUUGUUUGGAAAACUGGUGGCCAGAAAAUUGAAUAGUUUUGACUACUUGACUAAUUCCAUUUUUGAAUUCCUUAUGAAGGCUGCAAGUAAUGCGAAUAUGAUCUGUUCCAUAAAACGGGGGGGGGGGGGGGGGAGCAAUUGUGGAAACACACACAGAGUAAGGGGUAUCUUUAAAAACAUUGCAUAUUGUUGUUUUGUUUCCGUAUGCUUGUUAAUUUGGCACGCUGUUAAAACUGUCACUGACUCCUUUAUAAGUGUUGAUGUAGUAUAGAAAGCCUUAUUCUGGUUCUGUUAAAUCCUUCUGAAACAAAGGGUGUUCUGGUAUUGAUUUACAGUUCACAACUAAAAUGAUACUAUUUAAACAAAUAAGUUCUCAGUCAUUAUAUAGCAAAACCCUUACACUUGCGUUUUAUAUCCGAGAUUAAGAACGCAAGAAAAUGAACAUGUUUUCAUUACUGAUCUACUGCAAAAGACUGGAAUAAAUAAAAUCUGCAUAUAAUUUUUUUUAUUUAUAAAGGAACCUGUUUUAUCUUCCUGUUCUGCAAGAUGUUUUAUUUAUAUUUUAGACUGUUACUAUAUAAAAUAACCUUUAUUUUAUAUAGAAAGCAUUUCAUAUGAGUUUCACAUCUGAAAAAGUCAGUGAUCAGAUUGUUUUAAAUUGGAAAAAAAAAAAGAAAUAACUUUUUUCUUCCACCUCUUGCACUGUGUUGUACAGAUCUUGCUGAAUGUUGUAGUGUAGAUGCUUUUUUUUUUUUUUUUUGUAGUGUAUUUAUGUUCUAACACAGCACUUUUCUAUGUCCAAACCUAACUGAAGGACUGGUGAAUUAAGUAAUGAUUAUUUUGUAAAUAAUCAAAAUAAAAUAAAAAAGUGAGAGAAUGAAUGUUGGAUUUAAUUUGUAUCUAUACAGAAGUUCCACUACACACUUGUCCAAGCUAUGCAUGAAAAUAAAGGGUCCAGUCGGACAUUUGAAGUGCAAUCUGCAAUCUAUUGUGUCUCUUUACUCUAUUUCAGAGCAUGACUGCUGUGUUGAAAAUCUCAGUGUUUCACUAGUGCAGCGUUUUACAAAACCUACAGCUAUGGACAUAAGACAAGCGUUGAAUUGACAACAGAACUGGCAGAAGGCACAGGUGUCGUUGUCCAUCAAAUCAACAGUACGAAGGUCACUCUUGAAAUCAAGACAAAGGAUGUGUUGCAGUAAGAAUACCUCUUAAGAAAGGGGAACAAGACUAAAAGGCUAAAAUAUGCACAAGAACACAGAAAUUGGACUAUGGAACAAUGGUCAAAGGUGCUCUGGACUGGAUGGACAACGACACCUGUGCCUUCUGCCAGUUCUGUUGUCAAUUCAACGCUUGUCUUCUUUCUAUUCCUUGUUAGCCAGGUUUUUGGGUCUUCCAGUCCUGGGUUUGUCAGUUACAGAUGAUGUCUCUCUGUACUUGUUGAUUAUGCUUUGGAUACCACACCUUGAAAAUCAAGUGAUACAAGAUAUUUCAUGUUAUGUUUUUCCUUCUUUAUGCAAGUCAAGGUUGUUAUAAUAGUAGAAAACACUAGUGGAGGCUUUGAGUAAAUUGUUGAUGCUCAUAAGCAGUAUGUGUGUGUAUGUAUGUAGAACCAUCGCUUAGAUCUUUUAUUUAACACUAUAUAAAUCAAAUAAACUACAAAAUGAUAACGCAAAAGUCUACCGGAAGCCAUAAUAGUAAUACAGUAUUUAAUGUUAAAUUUUGAAAUGUCCCAUUUUUUAAUUUGUCAGUUUUUCGCUAAGUAUAUGGAAAACUACAAAGCGGUAUAUAAUUCAAUGUGUUAAAGUAACAUUAUUCAUCAGGUUUAAUUUGACUUUAUGAAGGUAAAUGAGUUCAUUCUAUAUGGUGAUGCAAAACUUUUGUCCAUAGCUGUACAGUAUAUGGAUUAGGCUCUGUAUUAAGCCCAGUCACAAGCACAUAUACAUGUGGCCUUACUAAUGAGGGAAAAUAGAAUUUCUUGUAACAAAAUAAUACGGUAAGAUUGAUUAUUAUAAAAGUUAUUGUUUUAACCAAUUUAUUUAACUGGUUAACACUGCAUUGAACUUUACAUUACAUCAAUAUGAAAAGAUUAGGACUGUAAAAUAGUGAUCUUAAUUGAGAAGUGGCCUUAAAGCAAAGUUUUACUGUACCAAGCUAUGAGAACACAAGGAACAACUCCUGCACAUUUCACAUCCCUCCUCCAUACAGGUAUUCAAAUAUACAUGUUGUAACAUUUAGGUAUAUACAAGGGUCAAACCUUUUUUUAAAAGAGGAUGCAUUAGUUAGACCGCCUGUCUUUACAAUUAAAAUCUGAGAUGGUCUAACUAAUACAUCAUCCAAGACUAAGGGGCUUUGCAAUUGUAUAUCCCAAAGAGUUUUUUUUUUUUUUAAUGGGAAAUGUAGAGUUUUAUUACACUUACAGUACACUAAACCUAGGUUUCACCAAUACAGUACAUCUACAAUCAUUUAGCAGCACAAACUUAUGAAAACAAAUAUUAACUAAAUAGAAAAGAUAGGGUACAUUUAAGGUUAAUAUGUAAAAAGUCAUUGCAUUCUUGAAUGUCAUAUAGCAUUACUAUUUGUUCGCACUGGUGUCCUUUUUUUUUGUGCUGAAGAUGUUUUGGUUCUUUCUUUUGAUUGAUUUAUCAACCACACACACUUAGAUUUUCUAGGAUUGUCAAGUUCAAUAACUGGUUUCCUGUAAAAAAAAAACAAAAAACUAUUCUUUUAUUUUCUUUGAAGCAACACUUUAAAACCUAGAUUUACCUUGAAUUUGUAAUCAAGCUGACAGGCUGUGGAUUCGCAGAUGCAGCAGUGGGAUGCUUUGUUUUGUUGUACUGUAAAAAUCUGUUUAACGUCAAUCCCAAAAUUAAAAAUCAAGCCAAAAAAAACAAAAUAUCCCAGUGAGUUAAGGGCAGUGAAUGUGGUUUAGGCUAGUAAGAUUUGAAAAUCUUGGUUACUCCUCCUUUUAACGUGGUAGCAUUUUAUAAAAGAUGCUGCUGCCUCUGGGUCAACACUCAGAUACAGAACACAAAAUACUGUGUCAAAUGACAACUAAAUAAAUACAUUGUGCAGAAACGAAUCAAAAUAACUGUUCAUUAUGAAUCCAUUUAUCAUUAAUCAAUGUGCUUGAAUGAGUAAUUUCUGUCUCCCAUAUACCAAGAAACAUUAUUUGUCAUUUACCUUGUACUACAGAAAUCAGGGAUGAAGAUCAUGAAAGUCUCCCAUUAGACUUUAAGGAUGAAAUAUUACAUUGUCUGCACAUAUAGGAAAAAAAACACACACCCCACACAAUUUGAAUGGUUAAAUACAAAGCAGUUACCACUUCAAAUGUCAUUUUAAUUGACUUUAUAUCUCCAUUACCUUUUUUAUGAUUUAUGCAGUCCUUGUAAGCUGUUCCGGGUUCUGUUGCUCUGAUAUCUAGUUACAAUUUUUCACAACAUCUGUCUUGAACUGGUUCUGAGCUUGGCUAUCCUAACUGCCAGUUCUGAACAUUCCGCAUUCCAUACAAGUCAUGUGACAAGGGGACCUUUCAACUCUGCUGGCCCCACCAACUCAACUAGUUUACCUGCAAGCUCAGAGCAACUGCAGAGCCAGUUAAAAACACAUAGGAGAAAUGAUGAGCACUCAAUAUUGGAUAACUCCUUACAGUGGUUACAUUCAACAAAUUCAAAAUAAUGUAAAUAAUCGAUUAAAAAUGACAUUUGAAGCUACCAAAUUAAUUCAUAUAAAAAAUAUAAAAGUUUAAUGCAUUUACUGAAACUAUUGUGUUUGUCCUGGUAUUUAAUAGCUUAAUAUUAAUGUAAAUGGUUUUAUUUAAUUGUACUGAAUGCUUUGGGAUAGACUAAAACUACAGUUCUAUGGCAUAUAGUAUAUAAAGAUAUGCUCUUCAUGUAUUACAAUCUCUAAUAAAGCUUUGGUUAGUUUCACAGCCCUAAAUAUGGACUAUCUAAUGUUACCUUAGGGAUAAUGGUGGUUUAAGAAACUAGACGAUAUCCAUUCUCAGACCUAUACAAAACACUUAUUUUGUUAGUUACACACUUGGUUACUGUGCUCAGAGAGACGUCAUGUUUGCAUUAGAAGGUUAUGAUAAAAUCAACAAUCUCUGUUAAAACUCAACAAAAGGUUGUUUUUAAUAAAGGAAGUUGUCAUUUUUUUCA